GGGGAAAGGCAGAGCGACAGGGCCCAAGGAGGGCAGCGAGGAGUGCGCCGGCGCGUAGUCGGGGACGCCAGGCCGAGAUAUUUGCUAGGGAACCUAGUGUUGUCGCCCCGCCCCCUCGGGGCUUUUUGUCCCGUUAACUGUCGGAGUGGCGGGGGCUCCAGCGCCGGGCGACAUGCCGGUGCGCUUCAAGGGGCUGAGCGAAUACCAGAGAAACUUUCUGUGGAAAAAGUCGUAUUUGUCAGAGUCCUGUAAUUCCUCAGUGGGGCGAAGGUACCCAUGGGCUGGACUUCGAUCAGAUCAGUUAGGAAUCACGAAAGAGCCAAGUUUUAUUUCAAAAAGAAGAGUUCCUUACUAUGACCCACAGAUUUCAAAAUCUCUUGAGUGGAAGGGAGCUACCUCAGAGAACGAUGUGGUUGUAUCACCAGAACCUGAAGCCCCCAAAACACCAGAAUCACAAGAGGCAGAACAAAAAGAUGUUAACCAAGAAAGAGUUCUUGCGCUGGAAGCCCCCAGGGUGCCCAAGAGAACCAGAUCUCACUCUGCAGACUCCAGAACUGAAGGGGCUUCAGAUAUUGUGGAAAAUAAGGAGGAUGUAGUAGCAAACCACGUACCAGUUAAUGAAAAUGUGGAAUUGGAGCAUUCUACCAAGCUUCUUUCAGAAAAUGUAGAUGAUGGGUUAGAUAGACUUCUGCGAAAGAAAGCCGGAUUGACUGUUGUUCCUUCACAUAAUGUCUUGAGAAGUUCUGAAUAUCAAAGGCAGUUUGUUUGGAAGACUCCUAAGGAAACUGCUCCAACUUUUGCAGCCAAUCAGGCUACUGAUGAUCAUUGUUGCCAGAUCCAUCACAUAUACUAAAUAUGAGACAGGGUAAUGAAAACUUGAGGACUGGUUUUCCACAAUAAAAGCAAAUUUAUUCCACAAUUCAAAGGUAACUCAGUCAUCCAUGAAACUGAAUACAAAAGAAAUUUCAAGGGUUUAUCUCCAGUGAAAGAACCAAAAUUAAGAAAUGAUUUGAAGGAGAAUGGAAAUUUUGAAACAAUGUCUCCUGAAAAGAAGUGUAAUAAAACAGAUGAUCCUUUAAAAUUGGAAGCAGAGAUGGAGUCAAAAGACUCAACCCAGCCUAAAAAGAAGCCUACUCCUUGGAGACAUCAAAGGCUUGGGAAGGUGAAUUCUGAAUAUAGAGCAAAAUUUCUGAGCCCAGCCCAGUAUUUAUAUAAAGGUGGGGCUUGGACACGUGUGAAGGAGAACAUACCAAAUCAGGGUUCUCUAAAUGCCAUGUGGUAUGCGGAGGUUAAAGAACUCCGAGAGAAGGCUGAGUUUUAUAGGAAACGAGUUCAGGGAACACAUUUUUCUCGGGACCAUCUGAAUCAGAUUCUGUCUGACAACAACUGCUGUUGGGACGUCUCCUCGACCACAAGCUCAGAGGGAACCAUUAGCAGCAACAUUAGAGCACUAGAUCUUGCUGGAGAUCCUACAAACCAUAAGACUUUGCAGAAAUGUCCUUCUACAAAACUAGAAGAAAAAAGACCUAUCUUGGAAGAACAGCCCCAGGAAACUACCACAGACAAACUAGGUGUGUCAGAUGCUCCCACUGUACCUGUUAGAAGGCGUCUCGCCUGGGAUGCAGAGAACACUGAAGAUGUUCAGAAAAAGCCGACAGAGGAGGAGAAAGGGGAAAGGGACAAGCAGGGUAAUGUGGGAGAGCUAGAGAUGGUGGAAAUACAGGAAAAAUCUAAAGCAGACAAGAUAAAAGAAGGGUCAGAGUCUUCUUCUGUGUCCUCAGGAAAAGGAGGCAGGCUUCCUACUCCAAAGUUAAGAGAACUUGGUGGAAUCCAGAGAACGCACCACGAUCUUACCACUCCAGCUGUUGGCGGUGCUGUUUUAGUGUCUCCAUCUAAAGUGAAGCCUCUAGUCCCAGAACAGAGGAAAAGAAUGUCACCUCAGGAUGGCUUAGAAAUUUUGAAGAAUGAUUUUAGGAAGAAAGAAAGUCAUGCUAUAUCCCUCCUGACUUCUCCAGCUGCUGGUAUAAAGACAAUUGAUCCCCUGCCUUUGAGGGAAGAUUCUGAACCCAAUAUCCCCAGAUUUGCUGAGGCAACUCUUCCAGUUUCAAAAAUUCCAGAAUAUACAACAAACACACCUGGGCAGCCCCCUUCUCCACCCUGUGCCUCAUCCUUCUGGCAUCCCUCUCGUCGGAUUCAGGGCUCCCUGAGAGAUCCAGAAUUUCAGCAUAAUGUGGGAAAAUCGAGGAUGAACAAUUUCCAGUUACCUCAGCAUGAAGCCUUUAAUGAUGAAGAUGAGGACAGAUUAUCUGAGAUUUCUGCUCGCUCUGCAGCUUCCAGUUUCCGGGCUUUUCAAACUCUGGCAAGAGCUCAGAAAAGGAAGGAGAAUUUCUGGGGCAAAACGUAAUUAGACACCUCGUUGAGUUGCUUUUAUCUAGGGGAAACAUUGGCAUAAUUUUUCUUUACUGCUUUGCACUGUUGAGACUUUUGUCUGGAUUUUUUUCUAACAUUUCCUACUUAAAAAAAAAAGAAUUGUUUGAUUUUUUAAUAGCCAAUUCAUUUACUUGGAAAAUUUUAACACAGAAUCACAUAAAUUUAACUUUUGAAGAAUUCUUUUUGCAUCUAUCCCAAAGUACAGAGACAUAGUUUAUAUAGCUCUUCACAUGUUCUAACUUGUAUUAGGUUGUCAGGGAUAGCUGAUAGAAUUGUGAAUUUCACCUAUCUGGAGAAUAUUCUUAAAAAUGAAUAAAGUGAAGUAAAAAUUAAGAUCUAAGUGUAAAGUAUACAUUCCCCCAAGAUUGGCUUUAUGUAUCUUUGUAACUGUAGAUGUCAUAAAAUGAAUUUGUUGUUCCUUUAACUUUUGCCGUGGUAUUUAUUUUUAUUUUGGUACCUUCUGUAUGUGGUUACAGUGUUAAGAUAAUUGUACUUUAGAUUGAAAUACCAGUUUGUAUAUACUUUUCUUAUUUAUGUAACAAAGUUUGCUGAGAGAGUAUGUAUAUUUUUGAUCUUUGUGUGUAUUCUGUUUGUAUAAGGACUUUGGCUUACAUUUAAAUAAUGUCUGAAUUUUGAAAAAUUAUUUGUAUAAUGGAGAAUUAAAACUUUGCAGACAUUUUGAAAUAAAAAUUGAUCAAGUGUUU